UUGAGUAACAUCGUGUAGCUCGAGACGACUAGACAGUUCGCUGGCCUGACUUUGGCGGACUACGUCGGAGAACUUUUCUACUGUGUGUUUAAAAGCGCGCGCUCCAACUGAAAAAAAGCUCAAAACGAAUCAAAAAUAAUUCUCAUCAAUGAAGUGGAUUACAUAAUUAUUUUGUACUUCCGAUACAAAAUCAAUUCAGUCCUAUGUAAUCUCCACUACUGAGUGUGCGGAAGCCGAAUUAAUCUUCCAGCGUGAGUGAACUGUGUGGUUUUUGUUCUGAUUAUGCUGUAGUGACCAUGCAGAACUUUAGAGUCGUACUCUGGAUACGUCCGAUUUGUGGCGAUUGUGGCUCACUCGCGUACACCGAACAGUGCAGCUAUUAGCACAAGGCAGGUGUUUCCUAGAACAUUUGCUUGGCCUACGAGAUCUGGAGAACGUCCGGAUCAACUGCAACCGACCAGCCCCGAUGGUGUAUGACGUCCAGGUGUCGCUACUAGAUAACACACUACGUCAUAAUGUCCUCGAAGCCAGCAACUCCGCUCGAACUACGACGUGCCUUUCCGGGCGAAAGCGAAAGCACUCGGAUUCCGGUGCUUUCGCCAACCCCCUUUCGCCGAUCCUAUUCGCUGCGUAUGCGCACUAGCCAGAGCUUCCAUGACUACCAACAUUACCGUUUGUGCGAGUGUGGUAGUGAAAAUAUGCAUCAUCCAACGAAUCUGUCCAGUCCUUCGUCGUCCGGCUUAAAAGUGAAAAAUUCGUACGCCAAUGGGGCCAAAUCGAACAGUCAUCAUCAUCACACAUCACCGGGCGCCUCAGCGGAGCCAUUCGGCACAGGAGACCAUCAGUCCAGCUGCAAGGAUACUUCCACCGGCGGUAGUACACUGCUACCAAAUGGAGUAAUCUGUCACGGUAACAGCGCUGGCACGACACAGUCCGGGCAAAAAUCUUCAUCCUCGCAGUCGACCCGCAAGAAUAGUUUGCAGAAAAAUGAACGGGGAAUGUCUUUAAAUCUGAUCAACUCUGGUCACAGUGCCAGUUGUAAUAGCAGCGCCCAACGAUCGCCGCGCAGGCCACAUACGCCCUGUGAUUCGGGACACAGCUCGGGACUGCACAAGAGUAGCCUCAGCCCGAAGACGCCACCGGUUUCUCCGGAAUCGCCUGUGACCAGCUACUUGGAUGACGAUCUAGACUCGCUUCACAGCUACAGCAGUUCAAUUGCAAGCGGUAUGUCGUGUGACCAUCCAUAUGUUGCACGCAACGGAACUACCUUCAGUGGUCGUAAAAUGAAAUACGUAGUGCACUGUUCGAGCCAUGCUGGUCAGACGGGGGAGGACUACCUCACCCCGACCCAGCGGGCUCAGCGUCAAAUCAGGCGACUGAAAGAGCUACUCACCCACGCCCGGAUGGAUCUUGAGCAGCGUGAUAGUGAAAUCCUAAGACUUACCAAAGAGGUUGUAGAGCUGCGGCUCUUCAAAGCGUCGCUCAGUUCCCCGGAGGAACGCUCGAACUCUAGUGAUGCCGUAACAGUACGAGAGAACACAACCAAUGAUGCGAACACCCCUAGUUCCCAGGGCAUUUCGCCGAUUGUUGAUCAAAUCGAUGAUGGAGUAAAGGCAAGCCCACGACAUCAUCUUCAUAAUCAUGGCAUCCAUCAGGUGCAAUUCAUGGACAAAAUGUCCACUUCGGAGAUGCAGAGUUCGUUUGCCGAUUCAGGCCAUUUUGAGGAUAUUACGACUUCGUCGAUUCACUCUAAGGACUCGUACGUGCACACGCAGGAUCGUGCUUGCGGAAGUGACGAGGACAUAAACGCCGAGAAGCAACGCUUGAUUGAGAUGUACGAAGCCCGCAUUGAGGAAUUGGUAAAAGAACAUCAGGCCGAGGAACAGGACAUCCGCAUGUCCAAUAAUGACCGCGUUGAGGCACUGCUUCAAAAAUUGGCUGAAUCCAAUAGCAGAUACUGUGAUCUGGUUCCUGACUAUGAGCAGGCUAAGGAGCGCAUCCGCGAGCUAGAAAAGCAGCUCGAAGAACUCCACGCGCAGCUCCAGAAUCAGGAGCACAAAGCAAACAAAAUAUAUCUGCACAUGUACGCCAAGGGUCAGAAUGGAGAAAAUUCGCAGCAUACUGAUCGUGCUAUUGAAAUGGCACGUCAAUCCCCCAGUCGGGUUUCGGUACCGGAACUGAUGCAACAACUGCAGGUGACCCAGGAGGAACUGGAGAACAUACGCAUCUCGUGUAGUAAUUCAAUACGUAGUGAGGAUACAAACUAUCAGCCAGAAAGUGGAACUUCGCAGGUUUUACUGAGCGCAAAAGAAGCAAUCUCACUUUGGCUUUUGGGCGCCCGGAAGACCAUGUACAAGCGGCUGGUAGAUGCCCAACAGACAAAGAACAAGGUCGAUCCGGAAGUUACGCUACAGUUCCUCAAGAGUGCUAUCUACUACUUUCUCACGGACAAGGAAAACUCCCAGGGUCAUUUGAACGCAAUCGAGAGCAUCCUCGGGUUUUCCGACACGGAAAAAUCCAACAUCGACAAAGCACGGACUUAUAAGUGAAUGAACACGUUCGCCCAAAUAAGGUGAAAACGAAUUGAAGAGAAUGAAAAAACAACGUUGUUAUCUUAGAUAAGAUUUUAAUGUUCAUUAUUAAAAAAGGCAAAGAAAAAAUAACAGCAAAAUACUAGGUGGUAAACUCACUUGCAAUAGUAGACAGAAUAAAAUGAAACAAAAUAUUCCAAACUUUUAUGAUAUUGUGAUUGUUUAUGUUGCUUUAUUUCUAUUAUACGAUAUUUUAAUAAGUUCCUUUUAUUUAUGGUAUACUUUACCCAAAAAUGAAGAAUAGUAAAAUUCGUUCAGCGAUUUUAACGACUGCGUGUUUAUGCUGUAGAUUACAAUAUAUUUUAACUUGGUUAACGCUAUUCAACAAUUUGGGUUCUAUUAUUCAAUAGAUUAUCUUAUCUUGAUGAGAGUAUUAUAAGCGACAUUCUCCUUCUUCUUAACCGUUUAGGUUAGGUUUUUGCAAUUAUUUAAGCAAAUGCAGAAAAAACACAUUAAAUUAUUGCAGUUGAACUUAGCUACCGACAGUGAUUACCAUAACACUAUAAGAAUUAUAUUUAUAUAUUAUCGCUUAUCACAUCUCGAUAAAAAAAAAUUAACAGAUUCGUCCAUUAGCUGUCAGGAAACUAAACCUCAAAGCAGAUUGUAGUGGCAAAACACGUUAUAAUUUUCUAGAAGUACACAUAAAUGCUAAGCGUGCUGGUUGUUUUGUAUUUAACGAGUGAUCUCAAUUUUUGGAGGCAGUCGAGCUCUCGACGUUUUGUAAACUGUUUUCAACAAAGAAAAGCCGUAAUUGACUAAGAUGUGGUUUUGUUUGUGCCGAUUGAUUGGUAUUUCCGUGGAGCACUAUUAUAUAGAGCUGUUCAUUCAUUUAAUUUCAAUUUUGUUAAAAAGUGUUUCACAAUUUUUGGUUAUUACACUUAAACGGUGCCUAGUUUAGGAAAAACUAAAAUAAUGCAAAACAUUAAUCUAUUCAGAAAUCCUUGUAACAAUGUUCGAUUCAAUGUUUUUUGCAAAAUCUUAAACAAGUAAUGAAGAUAUAAUGAAACCAAUACAAGCCUGCAAAAUGUUUCACUCGAAAGUUGCAAACAUGAAAGCUAAACUAGUUACAAAUGUAGAGAUUUGAGGAUGUGAAGAAUAGAAUAUCAAAAACGAUUAACAUCGAUGCAAGAGAGAGCGCGCUGGCAAAACAUGGAAUAUUGCAUUGAAAUGUAUCAAAUGUUGCAUACACAGCACACACCAAGAUAGGACAAUGAAAGUUAAGUAAAGAUGAAUAA